GAAAAGUAUUUAGAAAAAUCAAAAUGUUAAGCAAUUUUCAGAUGCUGGGAAAAUAUGUGAUGAGGCUAGGCACAAGAAGCCUACAAACCUCCGUCAGCAGGCAUUCUGAUAAUUUAUUUGUACAUAGAGACACACCAGAAGAUAACCCUGAUGUCAAUUUUGAUUUUACUCCUGAAAAUAUGAAGAGAGCAGAAGCUAUUAUGGCUAUUUAUCCUGAGGGGCAUAAAAGAGCAGCACUUUUGCCAUUACUAGAUUUAGCUCAAAGACAACAUGGGUGGCUACCUAUAUCUGCUAUGCAUAAAGUAGCAGAAAUUUUAAAUUUACCCAAAAUGAGAGUUUAUGAAGUUGCUACUUUUUACACCAUGUAUAUGAGGAAACCAAUGGGAAAAUAUCACAUUCAGGUUUGCACUACAACUCCUUGCUGGUUAAGGGAUUCCGAUUCCAUUAUGAAUGUAAUUAAAAAGAAAUUAAAUAUUAAUGUUGGAGAAACGACCAAAGACAAAUUAUUUACAUUAUCAGAAGUUGAAUGCCUUGGUGCAUGCGUUAAUGCUCCUAUGGUACAAAUCAAUGAUGAUUAUUAUGAAGAUUUAACUGAAGAAAGCAUGAAUCAGAUAUUAGAGGAUUUAGCAAAUGGUAGAAAACCUAAAGCAGGACCUCAAAGUGGGAGAUGUUCUUGUGAACCACAUGGAGGACUAACGUCUUUAACUACAGAACCACCAGGACCAGGAGUCGGAGUGAGAUCUGAUUUGUAA